AUGCCUAUGAUCGCUCGCCGCUUCUCCAUCACAAACUUCAUGAUCGCGACCUCUGCGCUCGCCUUCCAGGUUUUCGUCCUGUACCCAUGGCAUAACAAGCUGGACGAAGAUUUCAAGGAACUGAAGCAGGAGAAUUUGAGAAUGGUACAAGAAAUCGAGAAGGGAAGGCUGCUGGAACUGAAAGAGAUCAAAGAGGGAUUCAGCAGGCUCAAGGCGAACUAG